UCACUUUGAAUAACCAUCAACAUCAACAUCAACUUUGCUAUCUUUCUACGAAUACAUGCCAAUGGGCCGGACUAUUCACUACACAGAGAACCGGAUUUAGAUUUUCAUUAUUCAUCUGUAGAAUAUCCAUCUUAUUUACAUACAAACCCCUUCCAUUAUGCUUUCUAUCACAGAUAGCUUAUCAGACCGCUGCCAGAAGCUUCAAGAUGUAAGCUACAUCAAUCUCGCGGUAUCGAUGUAAGGAAACUUUCUCAACCACCUUUUACCUCUAUUCCAUGACAAUGUGCUAAAUACUGCACUACAUGAAGCUUCAUCCUUAUUGGAAUACUCGUCUCUUACCUACCCCAACAUUAUCGAAUCAUUAGUCGCGGAACCUCCGAAGGGAUAUCACCUUUUUUCAUUCUUCUAGGCACAACAUCAGGAACAUGCGCAUUUGCCAACAUCAUAGUUCUACCAGCAUCUCGUGCGGAUGUGGCAUGUUGUAGAACGGUUAGCACAUUCGAAUGUGCGGCAGGAUUGCUAGGGAUUGCCCAGGUUGGGGUUCAAUGGUUCUGCUUUAGUAUAAUGUACGCAAUGGGAUUCAUCCAACAACGGAGAGAUGAAUGCUGACAAAACUUUGACGUAGAUUAAUCCUUUUUAUGGUAUUCUUUCCAAGAACUCCGACCCUUCCUAACCUCGAUGAUAAUAAACAACAACAUACAUGGCGCACGGCUGUCACGGUAGCUUUGGUAUGCCUUUUCCAUGGCUUCAUCACCAUUGUUAUCAGUGUAUCGUUGGCACUCGGUCGUCCCAAUUCCCUUGGUGUAUGGGCCAACGCGUUGGGCAUUAUAGCUACAAUUCUAGCAGGCAUACAAUACCUACCCCAAAUAUGGUUAACGUAUAAUCUUGGCCAUAUUGGAAGCUUGAGUAUACCAAUGAUGUUGAUCCAAACUCCAGGCAGCUUUGUUUGGUCCGCGAGUCUUUUCGCUAGGUUGGGAGCCGGGGGUUGGAGUACAUGGGGUGUAUUCUUGGUAACAGGAUGCUUACAAGGAUGCUUGUUGGUAAUGGGAAUUUCCUUUGAGCUAAAAGCUAGAAGAGAAAGACAGGGUAGUGAGGAUGAAGCUGUCAGUAUAAUACCUUUUAAUUCAAAAACACUUACUAACGUCAACAGUCUAAUGGAAGAUGCAUUGUUGGAUAUAUUGCAGGCUCGCGAGAACACGAUACGGAUGAUGAGGGUGGAACGGCUGUUGAGAGUACACCGUUACUGUCCGAGUCGGGGUCAACAGGAAAGCCGACUACAAACUCUACUCGGAACUCUGCAUCUAGUUAAAUCAUGAGACACUUGAAAAUCAACGUUUGUAAUGUGAAGGCCAAUACAAUAGAUCCUCUGUAUACCUAUUGAGAGUUGAGAUCUUAUGCUGUCAAUAUAUGGCUUAUCUGAUAUUUUAUCGACUUGCUAUAUUUUUCGUCUUCAUUUCCA